AUGGGGCGGCAGCGCCAGCGGCUGGAUUCCGCUGUGUUGUUGCAUCCGACAGUAGCUCCUCUCGGCGGGUCCCUAGGGGGACUCGAGGCCCGCUCUUUGCCUGGAGAGGGAAAUGGAAAGGUUGCGCACGACUCGCGGAGGUCAUUUAUACGUGAAAAUGGGAGCUUCAGCGACACGACCGACCACUACGCACAAGUUGACUGGACACCCUGGGACUGCUGCCGCUGUGCAGCAGAAACGCGAGAUGCCAUGUUAGAAAAGGUUGCCGAUGCAUUUGGGCGAUAUGCUGUUAUCGUUUACCACCAUCCUCUCAAGCGCGUUGCUGUGUUUGAGCCUCUCCGUCGGUUUGCUAUUCAAAACAACGGAAAGCUCAGUGAAGGAACGCAACAACGCAGCGGAAGCCAGAAUACGGAUACAAAGCAACAGCAGGUGCUAGCACUCAGAAGACUCGCUUGGGGCGAUCCGGCAGCAGUUGUGCAGCAGCACUUCGUGGAGGAACAGCUCAGGCAGCAGAUGCAGCAGCAGCAGCAACAGAACCAGUGGACACCUACGGGGGGAGGAGGUCGCAGGCGUCGCGAAGGUCAGGCGGCCGCUGCUUCUACUCAACAGCAGCAACCUCAGCAAGCGCUCACGCACCUGCAGACGCAGCCCGAGCCUGUAUGCGACCCUGAACGGGAGCUGCCAAGAGUGCGGAUAACAGGCUUAGCCUGUCGACCUCCCUUACCAGCAGGGGAGUACGCGUUUCAAAAUUUGUGCUUUAAAGACUCCACUGGAGCCUGUGAAGCCCCUGACGGCAUUAUCUUCGUCUACGGACACAAACGGGAGUUCGGAAGUAUGGUGGAAUACCCACUUCACACCUCCUUUCUUCUGGCUCGAGGCUUCCCUACAGAUAUGCUUCUCUCAACUCGAGGCCUUCGUCUGACGCCUUCAGGCCGCUACGCCACUGCAACUGCAGCCCUGUCCCUCAGGCAACUUGCAAUGAACUUCGGCUUGGUUUUAGUGUUAGAAGAUCUGUGCAAGGCUUAA